AUGGAUGGCAAGACAAAUUCCACAAAAGAAAAUAUUUUGAAUAACGAAGCAUUUGUUGAAUUUAGAAAAGAUUGGACAUCGUCAAAAUCAGGUCCCAGUUACGAAAUUGUAGAUAAACAAACAGAAGGAUCAGAUAAAAUUGAAGGGACUGGAGCCACACCUAAUGACAAUCAGUAUUUGAGUAUUGAUGAGUCUGGGCAUCGCCUGGGACAGAGGCAGUUUAGUAAAGGACACAAGGAUAGUUUAUCCUCCAAUCUGGUGCGAGGACUUGACCAUCUGAAGGACGCUCAACUCAACAAAGACUUGGCCUUCACACUGAGGGAACGACAGACGCUGGGAAUCCAUGGACUUCUACCUCCUCGCAUUUAUUCACAAGAGGAACAGUUGAACUUGUGUCGACUCAACAUUGAAAGGUACAAGGACAAUCUCGACAAAUACGUAUAUCUCAUGGAUUUACAGGACAGAAAUGAAAAACUGUUCUAUCGUUUUCUCUCAGAAAAUGUAGAAACAUUGAUGCCAGUAGUUUAUACUCCCACAGUUGGUUUGGCAUGCCAGAAAUACGGCUUGAUCUACCGUCGGCCAAAAGGACUCUACAUAUCGAUUCAUGAUAAAGGCCACAUUUACGAUGUUUUGAAAAACUGGCCAGAAUCAGAUGUCAGAGCGAUUGUUGUGACCGACGGAGAGCGUAUUUUGGGCUUAGGAGAUUUAGGAGCUUACGGAAUGGGGAUUCCAGUCGGAAAGCUUGCUUUGUACACUGCGCUUGCGGGUAUAAAACCACAACAUUGUCUCCCCAUAACAUUGGACGUUGGAACAAACACCCAAGACAUACUAGACGAUCCUCUGUACAUUGGACUUAGACAGAAGAGGAUUACAGGGGAACUAUAUGAUGAUUUCGUGGACGAAUUCAUGCGAGCUGUUGUUCGCCGUUACGGUCAAAGCACUCUUAUACAGUUUGAAGACUUUGCCAACACAAAUUCCUUCAGGCUUUUGGACACAUACAGGGACAAAUAUUGCACAUUCAAUGACGAUAUCCAGGGAACCGCAUCUGUUGCUUUGGCGGGAAUACUAGCCUCGCUGAAGAUUACCAAUACAAAACUUUCUGAAAACACAAUCCUGUUGCUGGGCGCAGGAGGUGCUUCCCUGGGUAUUGCAGAGCUUUGUGUGAUGGCCAUGAGGGCAGAGGGAAUUUCUGAGGAAGAUGCCAGAGCAAAGAUCUGGUUGGUUGACUCAAAAGGAUUAAUUGUCAAUGAUCGCCCAGAGGGUGGAAUAACUGGACAAAAAUCCAAAUUUGCACAGUCUCAUCAACCGAUUCAAGAUCUCUCUGAAGCUGUGAAGUCAAUAAAACCUAAUAUACUUAUUGGAGCAUCUGCAAUGUCAGGAGCUUUUACCCCAGAAAUCAUUCAAACAAUGGCAGCCAAUAACAAGCAUCCUAUAAUUUUUGCACUUAGUAAUCCGACUUGCAAAGCAGAGUGCACAGCUGAACAAGCGUAUAGGUACACUGACGGAAGAGCAUUUUUUGCUAGUGGUUCCCCCUUUGGCACAGUAUCUUUCAAAGACUGUCAGUACAAACCUGGCCAAGGAAAUAAUGCGUAUAUUUUCCCUGGUGUGUCACUUGGUGUUAUCUGUGCAGGCAUCAGGCACAUCAGUGACGAAAUAUUCCUCAUUGCUGCUUCAGCAUUAGCUGAAGCUGUAUCAGAUGAUGAUUUGAAGAAAGGCAGUUUAUACCCACCUCUCUCCAAUAUUAAAAUUAUCUCAAUUAAAAUAGCCACAAAAAUUAUGGAGUAUGCUUAUCAAAAAGGCAUAGCAUUCACAUAUCCCGAACCUGCUGAUAAAGAAGGUUUUGUUAGAAACCAACUUUAUGAUACCACGUACUCUUCUUCAACACAUACUGUAUUCCCUUGGCCAGAAAAUUAAAGAUGUAAAAAUUAUUUGGUGGCAGUUAUUAGAAUUUAGAAUUGCAACGGCAAAUGAGACUAGCAUUAUGUUUGCUUUCCAAACUGUGCAACUCAGAUUCCUAAUAAAAUAGUAUUAUUACUUUUAAAAAUGAGAGUACUGCCAAAUAAAAUUUAACAGAUAAACAUUGUAUAAAUUAAGCUUUCCUGCAGUUUCUAUGACUGUUAUCUAAUGUGAAACUAAAAAGAUAAAUGU